UCUUCCCCUCCCCCCCCACUCUUCCUGCAGGGACCCUGGGCCUCCUUGAUCGGGGAGUCUCCCCUCUCUUAUCUACAAAGUGCAGAAGCUGGUGGCCUGAAGAGUCAAGUUUACAGCAGACUCCUCUGAGCUCCAUUGUACAGGUGCAGAGAGACCCUGUGCACCAGCUCGCAACACCACUUGGCCCGGCUGUUCCUCCUCUGCGUGUACACGGGUGGCUGGGUCACAUUUUGAUGGUGGUGCAACCAUGCAGCUGGAGCAGGAUGGCUCUGGCAGCAGCCACGCUGAUUUACUGUGGCACCACUGCUUAAAACCAGUGGGGACAUGGCCUGGGUGAUCAGGAAGCAGAUAAUAUUCCUUUUCUGGAACUUUGAGCAAGUGCAAAAACCCGCAGGAGGGUCAUUUGUCAUCCCCCCGACUCCUCCCUAAUUGGCACCAUGGUGUUAGUGAUGUUGGUCAGGUCAGCGGGAGUAUUCAGCAGAGAGAGGGCAGGAGGGAAGGUCCAGGGGAAGACCCUGAAUCAGGUGUUGGACAAAUUUCAGAAGAGGAGGAGGAAGAGGAGGAGGAGCUGCAUCCAGAAGGCAAUGGGGUGGAGCAACCAGAGAGUAGCCAUAACAGAAAGAAAGAGGCAGAUGGUGUUUCAGCAGAGGAGCCAGGAAUGGAACUCAACCCAGCAGAACAUAAUGCAUCUGAGUCCCCAGAGCCUCCCAUUGUAGAGGGAAUGCAGCCAGAGAACAAUGAUGACAAGGAAGAGGGAGAAGCUUUGCCUACAGAGGACCCAGGAGAGAGACUCAUACCAAAAGAGCAGGAGGUCGCGGGGGCCACGGAGCAGGAGGUCUCUGAGAUCACCUUUGUAGAGGAAAAAUCUGAUGAGGUUUCCUCAGACCAAGUAGAAGUGGAUAAUCUUCCCAAACUGCCUGACAUGGAGCAGCCAGUGAUAGACAGCUGGAGCAGAUCCCACAUGUCCUCAGGAGCUAGCACCCAGAAGUCUGCAUUAUCAAUGCACAUGGAGAUUCAUGCUGAGUCAGGUGACAUUGGGGUAGCCAUCUCCUCUCCCUAUUCAGACUCUGCAUUUCAGCUGUUUAACCAGGACCUCAGCAGGCUUGGGAGUGAGGAAAAGAAUGCAAGUCUACAUUAUGCAGAUGAGCAAGCUGAAACAGAGGGCAGUGAGGAAAUGGAGGAGGAAACACAGCUGAUUGUCUUGGAACCGGAACAUCCCCUGAUGAAAAGAUUCCAAGCUGCCCUAAAGAAUUACCUUAGUAAACAGAUGGAAAAAGUGACCAUGGAGCUUCGGGAGCUGACAGUGGCCACAAAGCAGGGUAAGGUGCAGAGAGAGGAGCUGGGAAUGGUCCUUUAUGGGGUCCAGCAGCAGCUGGCCCGGCUGCAGAUGGAACUGGAGAAGAACCAGGACCGAUAUUCUCAGAUAGCCAUGGUGCGUCGGCAGCUAGAGGAGGAGCUGCAGGACAUCAGAAAUUUGUACAAGAAAACAUGUCAGAGCACUGAGGAUGAACGUAAGAAAGUUUCUGUAAUGCAGACCGAGGUGGAAAACCUGGCCUUGCGUCUGUUCUAUAUGCAGAACAUGGACCAGGAUGUGCGUGAUGACAUCUCUGUGAUGAAACGGGCAGUGAAGAAGGCUGAGGCAGACAGGAACCAGGCUGAGGUGGAGAAGAAAAAACAGGAUCUGCUUGUAGACCGCUUAACAAGGAAGUUCAAUGAACUGCAGGAGCAGAUUGGUCUGUAUGAAGCUCAAUUUAUUGCCCAGGCUGAAGACACAAAAAUAACACGAAAAGCAGUGAGUGAGGCUUGUAUGGAGAUACAAACUAUUAACAUGGAGAAGAAGCAACUGAUGCAUCAGUGGAAUAGCAGCUUGACUGGGAUGAAGCGACGAGAUGAGGCCUACUCUGCCAUGCAGGAGGCACUAAGGCAGUCCAAGCACCAGCUCAGGUCCUUAGAGACAGAGAUCCAAGUCUACAAGAAGUCAGUCACAAAGGAGGAAGAGAGGAACGAGCUGCUUGCCAGCAUCUUGAACCGCUCGGAGAAUGAUGCCAACAUGAGCAAGAAGCUGAUUGCCCAGUGCACAGCCAAACAGGAUGCCCUGAAAGUUGAAUACAGCACCUACACCCGCACGCUGCAUGAGACAGAGCAAGCCCUCAGCAGGGCCAACUCGGACCGAGCUGCUCGGAUGAAUGAGCUGCAGGCCAUCAGUAAGGAAACAGAGAAAGAGACUGAAGCCAGACAGGAAUUGGAGAAUCAGAUCAUGGCAAAGCUGCAGGAUCAGCUGAUGUCCAGCAAAGCAGCAAAAUAUUUUUCACAACUGGCUGCUAAACUUCAUAAGAGAAAGCUGGAUCUGGAGCUGCAUUUUUCCAAAGUUGAGAAUGACACAGCCCAGGUCAUUCUGGACACAACUCACACCAACUGCAGGCUCUCUAUGCUCCAAAAGACAUUCUCUGCGCUGGACAAGGAAAUGAAAAAUAUCAAUGACCUGAUCAACCGCAGUGAGAAUGAGAUCAGCAAGCGCAAUCUCCUGAUCGAGCGCAAGCAGGGGGUCAUCAACCUGUUCAACAAGAAAAUGGAGAUGAUGAUUUCCCAGUUGGGGGGUCAAGAACUGGGACCCUUGGAAGUUGAGAUCAACAGGCUGACCAAGCAGAUAGAUGAAUACAACUCAGAGGUGAUGACACUGCAGAAGUACUGGCUCAGGCUGCAGAAAGAGCUGGUCAAACUGACCCAGGAGCGGGAAGAGCAGCUGGCCUCCUUGGAUAUGUUAAAGAAACAGAUCACCAUCAUGCAACAAAAGAAAGUGCGCACUGAAAAUGAAAUCCAGCAGGAGAAGAAUGAACAGAAAGACAUUGAACGCCACAUGAGGAACAUGGCCAAUGACUUGAUGAAACUCAACAUGUUAAUCAACAAGAAUAGCCACAACUCGGUGGAGCUGCAGCAUGGCAACACCAUCAUGGAGAAUGAGUUUGUGCGCUCGCUUAAGGCAGCAGAGAGAGAGUCGAUUGAGAUGCAGGAGAAGCUGGACCGACUGCAUGAGGAGAAAGAGAGACUCCUAAAUAGCCUGGUGGAAGCAGAGCAUCAGAUCAUGCUAUGGGAGAAAAAGAUCCAGCUGGCCAAGGAGAUGCGUGCUGCAGUGGACUCAGAGACAGGGCAAGGCGAGAUCCGAGCCAUGAGAACAGAGAUCCAUAGGAUGCAGGUCCGCUACAGCCAGCUGACAAAGCAGCAGGAGAAGAUGAUUCGAGAUAUGGAGGCAGCUGUCUCCCGCAGAGAGACCAUCAUGAUUCGGGGGGAGGGUCAGAGCAAAAUGGGUAAGAAACAUUUCACCAAGAGUGACUUCCACCACAAGACACAGGAGCUGCGGAAGAAGAUCAAGGAAACCCAAAAGAAUGCUCAAGACUGCAACAGAACCAUCACCGAGCUGGAGAACGCCCAGAAAUCUCUCAGCAUCGGCCUUCUGGAAAAGCAGCAGCAGGUCUCCAGCUUGCAGGCUGAGACUGAUGUCCUUGAUGCAGACAUAGAGAGGCUUCAGGACAAGAAACGUUGGAACCUUUCAGAAAUUGUGGCCUAUCAGACUCGUCAGAAGCAUCUGCAGGCAGUGAAGGACGGGAAGUAUACCCCACUGUGCCGCACCCAGCAAGUCCUGCAGCAGGAGCAGCGGAAACAGCAGGACCGGCUGCACACCAUUAAUGUCAUCAUCCAUCAGAUUCAGCAGGAGUAUCCUCAGUACCAGAGGGUGUUGUCCUGGCUCAGCCAAGCCCUGGACUCCAGGCUUGGUUCACAGGAAGCAGAAUAGGCAGAAGCACAGAGCCAGAUCGGAAUAAAGUAUCUUUUGACAGAUAUUUUCACAAAUAAAUACAGUAUAAGCUUUUACUGCUCUUGCCACUCUCCUGGAGGCUGAAUAACAGAAAAAUGAGCAGUGGUGGGAAACUGACACACAUACUAGUAAAACUGCUUCUGUGAUCUUAGGUUCCAGCCGUGUGUGCCCUGCUCCAAUCUCUGGCUUUUCUGUCUGCUUCAGGACAGCAGGCUGGUUUAGGUCCAACCACUCAGAUAAUUGUGUAUUGUGUUAGAACAUGGGAAAGAGGUGCACAUCCACCUUUGGGGGGUUAAGUCGCACAGUCUUCUCCAUGGACAGAGAGAUGGGUCCUAGAACACUUUCUGCCAAAUCUGGGGAGCUCACCAGCUUUGAGCUGCAUCAGAGUUGAAGAUGGAAUAUGAAUGCUUCUGGAAUGGGAAGAUGAGUGCAGACAGGGCCUAGAAAGACAUUCCAGAAUGAAGUGGAAAAUCCUCUAAUCUUGUUCAUACUUCCCUUCUAUACAGAAUACUAUUCUUCAGUGAAUGGCCAAGUCUUUCCCCUCAGUGUGAGCACUUCACUUAAGAGCUCCAAUUGCAAAAACAAAUCCACAUGAUUUUGUUUAGUGGCAGUGCCCCUAAAUUAGGGAGUAUAGGACAGGGUGAAACAGUGAGGUAUGGUCUCUGCUGAUCAGAAUAAGCAGAGGGACAGCAGAGGGGAAAUGCACGUUUUUCUAAGCAGACUGGGCUUGUGUUUAACAGCCGCUUAUUUCAUAACCUUGUGUAGGAUAAAGAGGAAAUGAACCUCCCAUCUUUAGCAAUUUCAGAUUUCCGUUUCUUUCAUUUCAGCGGGUGGCUUGGCCUCUCUGUGUUGUGUUUGUUUUACUGA